UCUACGUGCUCGGCGGCGCCAUGAUCGUCACGGCGAUCGUCAACCAGCGCUUCAUGCCGCCGGUAGUGAAGACCGUCGAGCCGGACGUGCGCACGUCACACAUGCUGCGCUGCUUCGCCGGCGCGCGCGAGAACUGGCUCUGUCUUCUGAUUGUGUUCUUCUACUCGUUCGACUUCCUCACGUUCGAGUCGUGCGUGGCGCCGUACGUGGACCGCGUGUUAGGCAUCACGCCGGCCACGCUCGGGCUCUACUUCCUGGCUGCCACCGGCUCGUACGUGCUCACCAGCCCGGUGUGGGCGCGGCUCGCCGACGCCUGCCGCAACCCCUACCCGAUGAUGGCCGCCUGCAUCCUGACGGUGACGGUCGGCACCCUCAUCAUCCCGCCGUCGCCACUGCUCGGCCUCGCGCCGCGCUGGUGGCUCUUCGGACUGGGCAUGACGCUGCAGGAGGCCUUCUUCGGCGGCGCCUACAUCCCCUGCUUCCAGCAGAUGCUGCAGGCGAGCGUGCGACGCGGCCUGCCCGACGACCUGCACACGCACGCCUUCGUGUCGAGCGUCUACUGGAGCGUCUACUCGCUCGGCACCGUCGUCGGGCCCGUGUCGGGCGGCCUGCUCGUCGACUCGUUCGGGUUCCCAGUCAUGAUGACGUGCGUGGCGGCGCUGACACUGCUGCUGUUCCUGCUGACGCUGGCGCAGGCGGUGGCCACGAGCUGCCGGGGCGACAGCCGGCCGGCGGACGUCACCGACGAACGGGAGUGCGCGCCGGCGUGA